AUGUCCCAAACAGAUUCAAUUGAAAAGACGUCCGUCUCGCCGCCGCCCGACGUUGAUACCAGUACCCUGGGUGUCAGCUCUCCGGCACCAAUACCAGCGAGCACAGAACUCCGGUCACAUACGUGUGGCCAGUUGAGAGCGUCUCAUGUUGGAGAGCAGGUUCGGCUCCACGGCUGGGCUCACGCGGUUCGCGAUCGAGGAGGUGUGCUUUUCGUCUUGCUUCGCGAUCGGUACGGUGUUGUGCAGGUCACCAUUGGCGAUCAAAGUCCAAAAGAAGCUGUGGAAACUGGAAAAAAUAUUCGGCUGGAGUAUGUCGUCGGUGUGGAAGGAACAGUAACACGAAGAGAUGCAGCCGUCGUAAACUUGGAGAUGAAAACGGGGGAAAUUGAAAUCGUCGCUACCGAUGUGAAGAUCGUAUCCAGGACAAAGCCCAUGCCGUUCAUGAUCGCAGAGCAAGGUAAAGGAAAAAAGGCAGACACCAAGAAAGGAAAUCAAAAGAAUAGCACUAAAACUGAAAUUGCUGCGACUGGGGGAGCAUCAGACGAUACGAGACUGAAAUAUCGAUACUUGGACCUUCGGAAACCGACCCUGCAAGAAAAUUUGCUACUUCGACACAGGGCCACGAUGGCGACGAGGAACUUUCUCGAUGCUAGCGGAUUUAUUGAAGUUGAAACACCAAUUCUGACGAAGGCGACUCCCGAAGGUGCCCGCGACUAUCUUGUGCCGUCACGAGUUCAUCCAGGAAGCUGGUAUGCAUUGCCCCAGUCUCCCCAAAUAUACAAGCAACUUCUGAUGGUUUCAGGUUUCGAUCGCUAUUUCCAAAUCACAAGAUGCUUCCGCGAUGAAGAUCUUAGGCAGGAUAGACAACCAGAGUUCACACAAAUAGAUCUUGAAAUGUCGUUUGUCGAACGUGAGUCUGUUUUGGAAGUGGCCGAAGGAAUAGUCAAAUGCAUGUUCGCAAAGGUUUUAGGAAAGCAAAUAGGAGAAAUCCCGAGGAUACCUUACAAGGAAGCAAUGGAUAGAUUUGGGGUUGAUGCACCCGAUAUGCGGUUUGGGAUGGAACUGAAGGACAUCACCGACGCUCCAAUUAUCAAGGACAGCGACUUUUCUCCCAUCAAAAAGGCUCUUGAUGAUAAAGGGAUGGUGAAAGCCAUGGUCAUCACUGGAGCUGCGAAGGCAUCUUCUCGCAAGGUUUUAGACGGGUACACGGCUUUCGUCAAGAGUUACGGUUUGUCAGGGCUACUAUAUGCAAAAGUUGGUAAUGAUAACACGCUGAACGGACCACUGUCUAAGGUAACGGGGGAUAAAACCGGGUUUGAAGAUUUCGUCGCAUCAGCACUUAACGCGAGACUGGGAGACGUCAUUCUCGUUGCAUGUGGGACUCCGGCAGCCGUCAAUGCAGGUCUGGGACGAUUGCGUGUUAAGCUUGGGCAAGAAAACGGACUGACCGCGACGGGACCGGAAUAUGCUUUUUGCUGGGUAGUGGAUUUCCCUUUAUUUGAAUUCGAUGAGGGGGCAGGACGCUACGUUUCCGUCCAUCACCCCUUCACUUCGCCCUUACCAAGCCAAAUGAAUUUGCUCGAGGACGAAAGUCGGAUUGGCGAUAUCAUGUCGGAUGCCUACGACCUCGUAUGUAACGGAAGUGAAAUAGGGGGAGGUUCAAUCCGUAUUCACAAUCCUGAGGUGCAACAGAACAUUUUCAAGGUUCUGGGAAUUUCAGAGGCAGAGCAGACGGAAAAGUUUGGAUUCCUGCUUGACGCGCUUUCCUUCGGUGCACCUCCUCAUGGGGGUUUGGCUCUCGGACUAGAGCGAUGCAUUAUGAUCAUGGCGAAGGCAGAUAGCAUUCGAGAUGUUGUAGCAUUCCCUAAGACGACAAGUGCAUCUGAUCUUAUGGCUGGCGCACCGGCUCCUGUCUCAAGCGAGCAAUUGGAAGAAUUGUCUGUCGAGUCUACUGCACAAGAGGAGAAGGGGGAAUGA